GUAACACACUGAGAAAUACCACAAACACUCUGUUAGAGAUGGAGGGGAUAGAGCAUAAGAUGAUUAGUGUCAAUGGCAUAAACAUGCACAUAGCAGAAAAAGGCAAAGGCCCAAUGGUCCUAUUCCUCCACGGCUUCCCCGAGCUCUGGUACUCUUGGCGCCACCAAAUCCUCUACAUGGCAGCUCAAGGGUACCGAGCUGUGGCCCCAGAUCUCCGUGGCUACGGCGACACAACGGGGCCUCCUGUCAAUGACUUCACUAAAUUCACCAUCCUCCAUGUGCUUGGAGACAUCAUGGCGCUCCUUGACAAAAUCGCACCCGAUGAAGACAAGGUGUUUGUGGUUGGGCAUGACUGGGGAGCAUACAUAGCCUGGUACUUGUGUCUGUUCAGACCUGAUAGAGUCAAGGCUAUGGUGAAUUUGAGUGUUCAUUUCCUUCCCAGAAGCCCUACGAUGAACUUUGUAGAUAUCUUUCGAGGAUUGUAUGGCGAUGACCACUACAUUUACAGAUUUCAGGUACCUGGGGAAAUUGAAGCUGAGUUUGCCCAGAUUGGUGUUAGAAGGGUGGUCAAGAAAUUCCUAACAUACCGCGAUCCUGCUCCAUUUCUUUUCCCUAAAGGUAAAGGAUUUGGGGAUGGCAAUUCACCUGAUACUCAAGUUAUCUUGCCUUCUUGGUUGUCGGAAGAAGAUGUCAAUUACUAUGCUAGCAAAUUUGAGAAGAAUGGAUUCACUGGAGGAAUUAAUUACUACCGAGUUAUACAUCAAAACUGGGAACUCACAGCACCCUGGACAGGGUCCCAAGUGAAAGUGCCUGCGAAGUUUGUUGUGGGUGACUUGGACUUGGUCUAUAACAUCCCGGGCGCAAAGGAAUACAUACAUAAUGGCGAAUUCAAGAAAGAUGUGCCGCUAUUGGAGGAAGUUGUUGUCAUGGAAGGUGUAGCACAUUUUCUCAACCAAGAAAAGCCGGAGGAGAUCAACAAACACAUUCUUGAGUUCAUCAAGAAGUUCUGAUUUUCUUACCCCUUCUUGUUGUUUCUUGCAAUAAGUUUGACAACCUAUGGAACACAGUUUUUCUGCUGGUGCCCACUGGUGGUGUUGUCAUAAACAAAUGAAUUAGCUUCUAUAUAGAAAUUUUCAAGUAAUUUGGCUUCUAAA